GGAAUAAGUACCAAAAUUUAGAAAGAUUUUUAAGAAAAGUAAAAUGAGGUUUAUAGAGGAAAUGUGUACGAGUAGAAUGUUACUUCACUCCAAUAAUAGCACUAAUACACUCCUUCGCCGCAAACAACUUUUUAAAUUGAAACUUCCCCUUCUCGUCUUCACUCUUCAAUUCCUCCAAAAACAAUGCCCCUCUAAAUUUACUUUAUUUCUCCGUCUCUGUCCUCCUUUCUCUCUCUAGAAAAAAUGGAGAAUUAUCCUUCAUAUUCGUACCCAGAUUCCGGCGACUCCUCUCCUCGUUCUCGCGAAAUCGAUUUCGAAAAUCCACCACCAUCAUGGGACGAACAAUCACAGCAAAAUCCACCGCAAUUAUCAAACCAGAAAGUCAAAGUUAUGGUUAGUUAUGGCGGCAAAAUUCAACCUCGUUCUCAUGAUAAUCUCCUCUCUUACGUCGGUGGUGAGACUAAAAUACUCGCCGUUGAUCGGAAUAUCAAAUUUUCGAGUUUCUAUGCGAAACUUUCUAGUAUUUUGUAUUCUGAUUCGAAUGAUUCUGUUUCCAGUUUUAGUUUCAAGUAUCAACUUCCCGGUGAGGAUUUGGAUGCUUUGAUUUCGGUUACUAAUGACGAUGAUUUGGAGAAUAUGAUGCAUGAAUAUGACCGCCUUUGUCGCGGUUCUUCUAAACCGGCUAGGCUUCGUGUUUUUUUAUUUCCGGUUCAGAAAUCCAGUUCUUUUGGAUCUAGCGCAUCGGAUAAAAUUGAGCGUGAGUCGGACCGGUUUGUUGACGCGCUUAACUCUGCUUCAUCACUUCCACCUCCUCAACAGCAGGUCAGUAAUAAUGUUGACUUUUUAUUCGGUUUAGAAAAACCUCCGGUACAAAUUCCGAUUUCAGUGCCGGUUCAAGUCCAGCAUGAACCGGAUCCGCAAAUUGAUGCUCGGAUUCAAGAAUUAAACCGGAUACAGAUUCGGCAAAAAGGUGACGAAAAUCCAAACAUGUUUACCGGACCUCCGGCGAACAUGCCGGUGCCCGUACAAGUUCCGCAAGGUUACUGGCAGCCUGCUCCACCGGUGCCGCAUCAGCAAGUACAAGUGCAUCCUGAACAACAACCACCGCCACCACCGCCGCAAAAUAUUCCACCUCAACAGAAUUAUCAGCAAUUUAAUCAACAAAAUCACCAACAGCAACAACAAUUACCGCCACCACAGCAACAGCAGGUUUACAUGGUACACGCGCCUCCGGUACAAGGUGUAUUCCACGCACCUAUGAUGAGACCAGUUUCUAGCCAACCGGGUCAAGCAGUCGGGGGUGGAUACUACCAGAUGCAACAACGGGUUGUACCUGAUCAGCAAGUUUAUCGCGAACACCCGCAGCAACAGCAACAGCAGCAGCCUAUGUACGGAGUGGGGCCGGGGAAGAUGGGAGGUUAUUCAGAUGGAAUGGGGGUACCAGUUCGGGCAGUCGCAAGUGAGAAUGCUGCGUAUGCACAAGUGGCGUAUGAUAGUGGAAAUGGGAGACAAGUUUUCUAUCCUGCACAGGGUGGAGGAGUUACGGCGCCGUUUCCGGGAGUGACGGUUAGUGGAAGCGGUGAGAUGAGAACUGUUGCUGCAGCUGAGAGUAAGAUUGUUCAGAAAGUUAUUGGGCCUAAUUCUAGUGUGUGAUUUUAAUUUUAUUUUUCAAGGAAAAAUAAGUUUAUUACAAUGAUUAAUAUUUUCAUAGGUGUAUUAUUAUAAUAUUAUAUUUUGAGUUUUUUCCUUAAAAAUAAUGUCUGGAUAUUUAAUAACAAUGGUAAGUAAUUAUUGUUUGAUA